AUGUCGGAAAGAUCGUCACGAGACACCCUUAAUGCUUUUUGUGAUGGAGUCAAUAAGUUAUAUCGGCAUGAAUACUUGCGUAGGCCAACGCGUACUGAUACGCAAUGCAUUCUUGAUCACCAUGCGUCUUAUCAUGGUUUCCCCGGCAUGUUAGUAGCUUGGCGUGGCCAGUACACGCGAGGUGACCAUCACGGGCCAACAAUAUCGCUUGAAGCAGUUGCAUCACAGGAUUGUUGGAUUUGGCACGCAUACUUUGGUGUUGCCGGUUCAAACAACGACAUUAAUGUGUUGAACCAAUCUCCUUUGUUCAACCCUUUUGAAGAUGGCACAGCACCGUUGGUUCCUUUCACUGUAAAUGGAACCGAAUAUCGGUACCCGUAUUAUCUCGUGGAUGGGAUCUACCCAAGAUAUGCGAUGUUUGUGAAAACGAUUUCCCAUCCAACCGAUGAGAAAAGGAUUCGAUAUGCUAAGGCACAGGAGGCUGCAAGGAAGGACGUGGAGCAAGCUUUUGGUAUUAUAUAA